AUGCAGAAAAGAAGGAAGCCGGAGCCGAUCCAGCUGAACCCGAUCCCCGAUGGGAACACCAUCAACGGCACCGGAGCCUCUGAAACAAAUUUGGAGGCUCUGCAGAAAAAGCUGGAGGAGCUGGAGCUGGAUGAGCAGCAGCGGAAACGCUUAGAGGCCUUUCUGACCCAGAAACAGAAGGUGGGAGAGCUGAAGGACGAUGACUUUGAGAAGAUCUGUGAGCUGGGCGCUGGCAAUGGAGGCGUCGUCUUCAAGGUCUCACAUCGACCCUCUGGUCUGAUUAUGGCAAGAAAGCUGAUCCACUUGGAGAUUAAACCGGCCAUCAGAAACCAGAUCAUCCGGGAGCUACAGGUGCUUCAUGAGUGUAACUCCCCGUACAUCGUCGGCUUCUACGGGGCUUUUUACAGCGACGGAGAAAUCAGCAUCUGCAUGGAGCAUAUGGACGGUGGCUCUCUGGACCAGUCGCUGAAGAAAGCAGGCAAGAUCCCUGAGCAGAUCCUUGGCAAAGUCAGCAUUGCUGUUAUUAAAGGGCUUUCCUACCUGAGGGAGAAGCAUAAGAUCAUGCACAGAGAUGUCAAGCCUUCUAACAUCCUGGUGAACUCCCGUGGUGAGAUCAAGCUGUGUGACUUUGGUGUGAGCGGACAGCUCAUAGACUCCAUGGCCAACUCCUUUGUGGGAACACGCUCUUACAUGUCGCCGGAGCGUUUGCAGGGGACCCACUACUCCGUCCAGUCCGACAUCUGGAGCAUGGGGUUGUCUCUAGUCGAAAUGGCCAUUGGACGGUUCCCUAUCCCCCCACCUGAUUCCAAGGAGCUGGAGCAGAUUUUUGGAAUCCCCGUGGAAGGCGAGGCAACCUCCGGUGAGACCUCUCCAAAACCGCAGCCUCCUGGGCGGCCAGGCAGUUCUUACGGGCCAGACAGCCGACCCCCGAUGGCUAUAUUUGAGCUGCUUGAUUACAUUGUCAAUGAGCCUCCACCAAAGCUGCCGGCGAUAUUUAGCUCUGAAUUCCAAGACUUUGUAAAUAAAUGCUUGAUUAAAAAUCCUGCAGAGAGAGCAGACUUGAAGCAGCAGAUGGUGCAUCCUUUCAUCAAACAGUCUGAGGCUGAGGAGGUGGACUUUGCAGGCUGGCUGUGCAGCACCAUUGGACUCAGUCAGCCCGUGACCCCCACCCACGGUGCAGCCAUGUGA